UGCCUUCUCUUCUUUACUCUUCUCUCUCUCAAACUGAGACCAACAAUGGCAGACCGAGAAAGAGAGCGAGACAGAGACCGUGACCGUGAGAGAAUCCGAGACCGCGACCGAGACAGAGACCGACGCCGUGACCGUGACGACCGUGAUCGCGACCGUGACCGUGACCGUGACCGUGUCCGGAGCAAGAGGUCGCGUACGCCGGAGCGCACCAGAGCACGCCACACUCGCUCCCGCACGCGCUCGCCGGACCAAUACCACUCACGCUCCCUCUCCCGCUCCCGCACUCCCGAAGACCGCUCCCACCGGCGCCGCCACCACCACCACCGCAGCCCCUCCCCGGAGUCGCGGAAGCGAGCUCGGCGCGAGCCGACGGUAGAGGCCGAGAAGGACCGGCAGAAGGCGGUGUCGGAAUUCGUGGAGGGGGUUGCGAAGGAGCAGCCGAACAACGGUGGCGGAGAGGGCGGCGGUGCGGACGAGGACGAGAUUGAGAUGAUGAAGAAGCUAGGGAUUCCGGUAGGGUUUGAUUCUACGAAAGGGAAGCCGGUGCCCGGCGCCGAUGUGAGUGGUGUUAGGGCCGUCACGAAGCGCCAGCCGAGACAGUACAUGAACCGCCGCGGUGGAUUUAACCGGCCAUUGCCUGCAGAGCGCAAUCGCUAGAAGACUAUACUGAUCCGCACAGAUUUGAUGUUGAAACUUGAACGGCACCAGCAGGAGUCAAAUCAAUGUGACUGUAAGACUUUUUGGAGAUCAUUGUUAUGAUUUGAGUUGGAGUAACGCAUCUUAUGUUUAAGUCCAACUGAAAAAAAUGAGUAAUAGCCCCAGUAUCGGUGCCUUUAAUUUGUUGUCUGAAUUCAUGAUAUGAACCAAAUUGAAGUGAACCAAUUGAAUAUUUGGGAUGCAUAUAUCUUGAAACUUUUUGCUUUCUAGUUUAUUGGAAAUCUCACUGAUCAAACUCUUUGAAUACCAACCUAUGAUGU